GUGGCAGAUGGAGCGCCGCAGGCGGAGGCCGGCGACCUACGCGCUAACGGGUUUGGUGCUGGCGAGUCUCGGCUGCACCGCCGUCUUGGCUCGUAUCUAUGACCGCUGCGAACUUGCCUUGGAGCUGCACGACCGUUUCAAGUUUCCCAAGAGGGACCUCGACAAGUGGCUGUGCCUCGCCUAUUGGGAGAGCCGGUUUGACACUCGAGCAUAUCACAAGGGCAAAUACGAUGGGAGUGGCGACCACGGUAUAUUUCAAAUCAAUGAUAAGCACUGGUGUCAGCCUCACCAAGGUCACAGCGAGAACGUCUGUAGGAUGCCAUGUUAUCUAUUACGGGAUGACAACUUAUAUGACGACAUUGAAUGCGUGAACAAGAUAUUCCGGAGGCACGGUUUCCAUGCCUGGAUGAUGUUCAGCCACAAGUGCUCGGGCAACACGCUCGAGUUUUUCAAUGGGUGCGAUUUUCGGAUACGACGCGGUGACAUGACUGGUUCACCGACCGGUCUGCAGAUCACCAUAGAGCCACCACCCAUUCUGGAGAAGCUGAGUCAACUGAGUAAAGGCAUAUAUCAAGCGGGCAGCCACCCCGUGCCCACGCGCCGCGCGCCAGAUCCAUCCACAGGACCAAGCGCGGGUCCAACACCUCCUCGCUGGACACCCAAGACCCAGGUGCCGCAGAAGCCGCGCGCCGUCGCCGUUCGACCGCCGAGGCCUCAGCCACCACCAAAAAAGGAAGCUAAUGCUGUUUUACCCCAUAGGCCACCACCACUGAAGCGCUUGCCAGCGCCACCUCAACAAAAGCCACCGCGUAUUGUUCCUGCUGCUGUUGCCAGACCACCUCCCCAACAGCAAGGGCCACAUUUUCCUGCGCUGGCGAGGCCUUCACUGACGCGGGCUCCACAGCGACCUAAAACACCAGGCGGCCUUCUUGUACCGCAGGAGUCGGUGGGCCAAGUUGUAUUCGGGGUACCUCCGCCAUUCGCUCCAACGUUACCAGGCACGCACCAGCGCCGUCCGCCACUGCCACCACCCCCACAUAUCGUGGCCGUGCCGCCACAGGGCCUGGGCAUGUUUGGUCUGCGUCGUGGUCCACCUCCACUGCCGAUACCUAUACACGUGCCUCCACCGCAGGACCAACAAGGACCAGUUGUCUACAAGCGCACGAAGACGCGCAGGUUACCCGGGGGUCUCCGGCUACGGCCUUUUUUUGGCUUCGCCAGGUCGUCUAGGACUUUCAAGAACAAAGGCAAGACAUGACAACACGUUUGGCGCAGUCAACUCAAGUCAAGUACUGUUCGAUGCAUCCUUUGACUAAUGCUACCCAGGGAAUUACUGACCUGACCAGCCAAGUCAAGCCACAAGCCCAAUGAACUAUCUGUUGGACGCAGCACAAAGUGCGUGGGGCGGGAAGUGUCUCGGCAGUUCGCUCAACAAACACCUCAUUACCAGUGACUGUCAAGUAUUGAACGACAAGUCGAGUGAAGUUCUGCCGUAUUGACUUUUCUACGACAGGGUGGCACCACGUAUCAAGUGUACAGGAGGUAACCUGCUUCUGCAAGAAAGUGUUGGGACUGGAGAGGCAUUCGUAUGUAUCAUAACAAAUGUGUGAAGGCUACUGACAUAUCAACCAUUUUUCUCACCCAAGGAACCGAAGUUGUUCUAUAAUUGCUUGCUUCAUGCCGAAAUUUUCAAGCUGAGUGCGGCCUAAUCGACAAACGUCUACUAACUGACAGCGAUAAGCCGCUGUAUUAGACUGUUAUGUUGCAACUACUGCCAAACUUUGUCCCCUUGAUGCCUGUCCUGUGUGGUUAAUAGCACGUACCAUUUAUUGGUUGCAUAGUGAUUAUAUUAUGGAGGAUGUACAUGUAUAUUAGCUGAAAAUUUACAUGCAUACCAGUGACUGCUGUACAGGAAAUACUGUGAGGUAUCACCUGAUUCUACAAAGAGACCAUUUACAAAUCUUGCAUUCAGCUCCAAUGUCUGUGUAACUGUUUUAUUCAUUUUGUAACCACUGUUCGCAAAGUCAUGUGCGCGAGCGAACAAUGUGUUGUGGCUCAUUGUGGCAUUCUUCAAAAAACGACCGGUGCAGUGCUCAAAAGAGUUUUCUUCAGGCUAACUAGUUAGUGGUGUAGUAGCAGCGCUGACCUGAGUACAUGGGCAACCAAGCCGAGUGGAAGCUCUGAUAAUCAACAAACCGAAGCCAUGUCGAAUUUUCACACAAUUCACUCGCACUACUACCUGAUGGUUAUGCCUUAAAUUCAGCAGUAGUGUUACGAACAAAACUACGUUAUGACAGGCAAAAAAUGAGUUCCCCACAUAAAACAUAGGACAUAAAAACUCGUAAACGUACCUUUCUGAUACACGUUGGUUAACAACAACAUCUAUGGUGAACUUAUAUUACUGCGACUGGUGUUCACCCGAAAUUGCUGUAUAACAAAAAAAAAGUUCGCGGUUUAUUGCGAACUUUAAAACCAUAUAGUCUGGCGGGUAACGUGUUGACAGUGUUUUAGCCAUGGCUGUACAUAAGCUAUUACAUGAAUGUAUAAUUUAUUUUUCAUCUUUGCAACUCACUUCAAUAAUGUGCGCUUCAACUCUGAUCCGUUUUACUUUUCUCUUUAUGCGCAUGGUUUCCUUUUACUACUCUUUGAGAGUGCCAACAUGUCGACGCGUGAAUCUUUUUUGUCUCAUUGAAAAUAAAUUUCUUCCCAUUGA